UUUGUGCAAUGUGUUGUGUCAAUUCGGUUAUGAAUUUUAUUUCGGAGUGCGAUUGUGCGAUGCGAUUUAAAUCUAUCCCACGUUUUCAGUUGCACUCAUUUUAAUUCCAUUCCAAUCCAUCAUUUCCUCUGUCCUUUCCACUUUGAAUUUGUCGUGUAUGUGAAAAAUAUUGUGUAAAAGCGUUGAACGCUAUCUGACUCAUGGCGUUUUCACUCUAACCUUUAACUGUCAAAAUAAAAAAUCUGAAAUUUUUGCACAAAUCGGGCCAAUCCUGGAGUCGGAAUUUGUCUGUCGGGUGCUGUCGGGCCCGGAGCACCCGUUUUUAUAACUAGUUAAAUUUUAUUUAUUUUUUUAACCUGCGUGUGUAGUGGAAUCCUAGUGAUAGUUUUUUGAUGCCAGAGAACUUUUGUGGGCGGACGACCGAGCUAUUCAACGAAAAUGGAUUCGGGUGCAUGUCUCAUCGAGUCCGGAUUAAAUGUGAACAUCAAAAGAACGGACGGUCGCGUCCAUUCCGCCCUCGUCUCAGGUGUGAACUAUGAGCAGAGGACCGUGACCGUGGAAUGGUUCGAGAAGGGCGAGACCAAGGGCAAGGAGGUCGAAAUAGACGUCAUCCUAUCCCUUAAUCCGGAGCUGCAGCCGCAGAAGGACAACAGGCAGCAGCAGCAGCAGCAGCACCAUCUGCCGCCACCAGAUACCAACAGAAUACUGCGGAAUCCUACACGACAGAGCAUACCAGUUCCUAAUAAAGGUAAUGCAAUAAAGCGCGAGACCCACCGGGCUCGGCCGACGAACAUUAUGCCGCCGCCCUCGAGCAACGGCUUGGGGGCGGGCAGCAAGACUGGAGCAGGAGGCGCAGGCGGUGGCCCCCUUUCGCACAACAAUCACCAUGCGAACAACGUGCAGAAUUCGAAGCAGGCCGAGCUGGAGCAGCUCAGCGAGAACAUGCCGCCUCCACAUCAUAAUAGACAGUUGCCUGCUCGAAGUCAAACUUCUUCAAACGUGCCACAACAAAUCGCCAACAACAUUGGAGGAUCUAGUAAUGCCUCAAGAAGAUCAAAUGUGGUAAAAGAAGUGGAAAAGUUGAAGGAAAACCGUGAAAAGAGGCGCCAAAGGCAAGCCGAACUUAAAGAAGAAAAGGAGGCGCUCAUGAACAUGGAUCCAGGAAAUCCCAACUGGGAAUUCAGUGCGAUGAUAAAACAUUACCAAAACACGAUAGCGUUCAGGCCCUUGAGGGAUUCUGAUCCAGUCGAAGACCACCAGAUCACAGUUUGUGUUCGAAAGAGGCCCCUCAAUAGAAAGGAGACGAAUAAGAAGGAAAUAGAUGUGAUAAGUGUGCCUAGUAAAGAUCAGAUGAUUGUGCAUGAACCCAAAAGCAAAGUCGACUUGACGAAAUUUCUUGAAAAUCAACACUUUCGAUUCGAUUAUGCAUUCGACGAAUCUUGCAGCAAUGAAAUUGUAUACAAAUACACCGCAAAGCCUUUAGUUAAAACAAUAUUCGAAGGUGGUAUGGCCACAUGUUUUGCUUAUGGACAAACCGGAUCAGGAAAGACUCACACGAUGGGUGGUGAUUUCAAUGGUCGUACCCAGGACUGCAAAAAAGGUAUCUAUGCGAUGGCAGCUAAGGAUGUCUUUAAGACUCUCAGAUCGCCCAAAUAUAGACCCCUUGGUUUAAUUGUCAGUGCCUCGUUCUUUGAGAUAUACAGUGGUAAAGUUUUUGAUUUGCUCAACGACAAGGCAAAGUUACGAGUGCUGGAAGAUGGAAAACAACAGGUUCAAAUUGUUGGUUUGACCGAAAAGAUUGUUGAAGAUUGCGAUGAAGUAUUGAAGUUGAUUCAGCACGGAAACAAUGCCAGGACAUCAGGACAGACCUCAGCAAACACAAACUCAUCCAGGUCGCAUGCAGUAUUCCAGAUCAUUGUGAGGUCGCCUGGUUUGAAUCGAAUCCACGGCAAAUUUUCAUUGAUUGAUUUGGCUGGUAACGAACGAGGUGCUGACACUUCUUCUGCAAACCGACAAACUAGAAUGGAAGGUGCAGAGAUUAACAAGUCUUUGUUGGCACUCAAAGAGUGCAUCCGAGCCUUGGGCAAACGGGGGGCUCAUCUGCCUUUCCGGGCGAGUAAGCUCACACAAGUGCUGAGAGACUCCUUCAUCGGAGACAAAUCAAGGACUUGCAUGAUUGCUAUGAUCUCUCCGGGAAUGAGUUCCUGCGAGCACUCACUGAAUACUUUGAGGUAUGCUGAUCGAGUGAAGGAACUUGCUGCUUCGGAUCCAACUGGCAUGUCUAGAAACUCACCCACUAAUAAUAAAGGUAAAGGAUCACGCAUGGCAAUUGAUGGUGAAGAUGAAGAAGCUAACGGCGAUGAAGGUAAUGAUGCUAUGGAAGACGACCAGCUUCGAGAUGAAGACUAUGCGUUGAUGAUGAAUCAAGGUGGAUCAAGCGAUUUGGCUCAAUUGCGUUCAUUAAAUGAAGGUGAUAUGUCAGCCGAUAUGCUGUCUUUCCACGAGGCAGUUGCUGGAGUGCAGAGGGCCGAAGAGGAAUUGCUCGAUGACCAUCGUGCUCUGAAUGAACGUCUGCUCGAGUUCCAUGCACUCAGUGCUGAUCUGUAUGCUGUUGCCAACAGGGACGUGGACUACGACCAAGAUGCUUACGCGCUGCGCUUCGAGGCCCUCCUGAGCGAAUUGGCCGGCUCAAUCGGCCACAGCCGGGCACUGCUGGCCGACUUCCGGGCCAAACUGAGGGCCGAGGAAGUGAUGUCCGCCAUGAUGGCGAACGCCGUCCACCAGAGGCGCGGCGGCGGCGCCUAAUUACUCGGGGGGCGCCACCUCCGAUAACCCAUAGAGAUAGAUUUGUUCGCUGUGCGAUGGACAUUGAUUUUUGAUUGAUUUGAUUGAUUUCGGGGGGCGUUAUUAUUCUGUUCGUGUGUGUCACAUGCAUGGAAACGCGCAUAUGUUUAUAUAUUACUAUUAGAUACUAGUGCGAUACUUACAUACGUUAAUGUUUAUAAUUAUUUUUAUAAUUACUCAUUUGAAAAUAUUGAUUAUUUAUUGUUAUUGCUUAACUUAUUUUUUUCUGCGCUCAUACUCUGUAAUUAAAUUUGUGAACUUUUUAUAUAUGUGCCUAUAUGUUUUCAUGAAUACAUUCAUAUAAAUAUAUGUAUUUGUUAUGUAUAUAUUUAUAUAUAUGUUAUAGGCGCCUC